UUUUUUUUUUUUUUUUUUUGAGGGAAUUAAAAGGACAAGUUCGUGAUUGGAUAGUUUGCAACUUAGCAAAAAAGAAAAGAAGAAAAAAAAAAUCCAAGUUGUAUUUGAAUAGUCAAAAAGUCAAAACAGUGCUGUAAUUGCUAAAUUGACGACGACUUCAAACGGCUAACAAGCUGCAAGUCAACCUGAAGGUGAACUAUGCACUGCAUAUGAACAUGGGUAUAUAUUGUACGUCGAAAAAAAUAAAAUAAAAUAAAUAAAUAAAUAAAAGCUACUUAGUACUAUAUAAGUAAAAUUUUAAUUUUAUACUUAGUAUGUACUUCCCUAGAAAACCUUCUUCGUUAAAUAAUGUUGUAUUGUGCAUUAUAUCAACCGUGUCUAGUCUAGAUACAGUAAUAAAUAGAAAUCGUAAUCGUUGAUAUUACAAAUCCAUGGCAUCAAUUUUCCGGGUGACAGGUAUAUUGUGGGCGGAUUUCUUUGCAUAUUAUGUACUAUGGAUGAUGAUGAUAUACUUGACCGAUGUUUGGAAGCUUGAUUUCACACAUGCUGCUGCAAUUAUCAAUAUAUGGAGAGGCUCAGCUUUAGUAUUGCCUCUUGUAUUUGUCUAUCUUGCCGAAGCUUUUCUUGGCAACUUUUGUAUCGUACUCCUUACCAGUCUUUCCUACUCAGUUGGACUUGGGCUGUUAUGGAUGUCAACCCCACCAGUGCUAGCAAAAUCAAGCAAUAAUUGCGCAGAAUACAAGCCUGAAUGCAUAGGAGAGCAACAAAAGCAACUAUUCUACGCAUCAUUGGUCCUAAUAGCAGCUGGAAUUGCUGGUCACUUAGCCUCUCUAGGAUCCUUCGUAAACGACCAAAUGGAAAAAAUGGCCACUGAUUUCCUUUCAGGUGCACCAGGCUCUAUGUGUUGUCCCAUACUAGGCGGGUUCAUGGGUGUGUUGAUUCCGAUUAUCGGACUCAUUGUUGUCUCCCUCGUCAAGUCAUGGGGAGUUCAGUUUGGCGUGUGUGCCUUAUUUGCGUUGGCCUCACUUGUUAUUUUCUUGAGCGGCGUUUGCUCGUACAAGUAUGUUGGACCAAGAGGAAGCCCCCUUACUACCGUCUUUCGUGUGUUCUUUGCUGCCUUCUCUAAGAUCACUUGUAGUAGGCCACGAGAUGAGAAUGAGCUUUAUGAGAUACGUAGUAGUGAUGUCGAUGAAAAUGUUGCUUUGAUGCCUCAUACCAAGGCUCUCAGGUGCCUAGACAAUGCUGCAAUAAUUCUACCACAACCAACUGUAGAGCAACAAGAACAACAUAGAUGGAAGCUUUGCAGGGUAACAGAAGUGGAGGCAACCAAGACCCUCGUACGCUCGAUUCCCUUGUGGGUUACAUUACUAUUUUGCGGAGUAGUAUCCGCCAUUGGCGACACGUACUUCCUCGAACAGGCAACAACAUUGAACCCGAAAUUAGGGCGCAUCAAAGUCCCUCUAGUCUUACUCUUGGGACUCUACGACCAAGCAAAGAGCGUCUUCUCUAAGUUCUUUGUUAUGAUAGCUACGGAAAUUGUUGGGCGUAAACUAUCACGCUUUCGCUAUGUUUCUCCCGUAGGAGUUUCCGUGUCAAUGGUGUUUUCGAUACUAUGCUGCAUUGCUGCAGCAAAAGUCGAGGCAAGAAGGCUUGGAAUUGUUAAAAGUCAUGGAUUAAUUGAUAAGCCAGAUGAAAGAGUACCUAUGAAAAUAUUUUGGCUUUUACCACAAUUCGCGUUGCUUGGUGCCUUAGAUGGGAUUCGUGAAUGGAGUGUUCCGAAUUUAGUAGUUGCUCAAGCUCCUCGCUCUAUGCUCGGGUUGUUUAACUUCAUCAGCCUUAGUAUAUUCGGAACCGGGUAUAUGGGGAGUGCUGUUUCGGUUUAUGUUGUUGGAAGGGUUAGCAAGAAGGUUAGUGGGAUAAAUUGGUUCCAAAGCACAUUGAACAAGAGUCGUUUAGACAAGUAUUAUUGGGUAUUAGCUGCACUUAGUGCAAUAAAUCUUGUUAUCUAUAUUUUGGUGGUAUGCUUUUAUGGCUUUAAAGAUUUAGGUGUUGAAGAGUUGGAAGAGCCAGAGUUUGAAGAGACUGAAGACAACAUUUUCAACCACAUGGAAUGAUCGAUGUAGUGAAUUAAAUUAAUUUCACAUUCUAUCAUUUGAUUUCUAUGUAGUUUUUGUAUUUCUUUAGAAAUGACAAUGGAAUGAAUCUUUGACUAUCUAUUAUACCACGCUUAAAGAGUGUAUAUAUGUAGGUGGAUUUAUAGUAAAAACUAAAAAGACUUGUAACAUGAAAAGAAUAGAAAAAAAAGUAAUAGUACAACCAAUGCUCUAUUUUAUUGUCUAAAUUCAUCCAAUGAUGAUAAAAUAAAUUAGAUCUAAUUC